GCCUCGUCGCCACCGAAGAAAACCAAGGCGAAAGCGCAAGGGGUCUUCCCGCUCCUCUCCCUGCCCGCCGAAAUCCGCGAAGAGAUUUACCACCACUGUCUUGCCGUGCCCGAGGGCCUCUCGCUCGUGUCGGCAUGGCAUCGACAACGUCGGACGAUCAAACCGGGCUUCGUCGAUCCGUCGCGCGAAGUCAACGAUUGGCAGGAAGUCCAGCGUCUGCAGGAAGAGAGGAAGGGUCGACGUCCGAACAGCCCGCUCGCCCCGGCGCUGCUGGCGGUGAAUAAGCAAGUCCGGCGAGAGGCGAUGGGGUUCCUGUACGGGCAGCCGAUGAUCUUCCAACAUUGCAGUGGCCUGUUUACUUUUCUGGCCAAUAUUGGGACCAAGAACCGGGCUUUGGUUCGGGACGUUACGAUACGAGAGUGGUCGUAUGGUCGUGGGACUUUCAAGGCUCAUGUCGGCGCCGCGUUCACGCUGCUGGCCGACUGCACGAAUCUUCGACGGCUUUUUAUCGAUUGCGACUUCUCGUGGGGCCGCACCACUCGUCAGAUGGCCUCGGCGCUGUAUAGAGACGGGCAUUUCUUCUUCGAAGCCUUUGGAGAUGCAAACGGCAAGAGGAGUGCCGCGGUUGAUAUCCUGAGAUUUUCGCAACACACUCUCGAAUACGUUCAAGAUGCAACGUCGGCUGAGGAAGCUGAGAAGGAGAUCCGCGGGGCGUUGAAGAAGAAGCUGAUCAAAGCUGGGCCGCGGAGAUAUCGCAAGAGUGUGAGGCGGGAUUAG